CCCGGAACAGAAGUAAACCUUUGUUAUGAUACAUCCGAUCACCAUUCUACGGCGAAUUCCGAGCAGGACGAGCGUUCGGAUCGGUGCUUCCGGUAGCAGAACGAUGCAUCUCAUUCGUCGUCCAGUGCCGUCCCAGAGAUUGUGCACCAAUCGUCCGUCGCAACAAUUAACCCCCAACACCAGGUGGACAGAUCAAUGCAUUGCCGGUUGGCGGUGGCUCAGUUCGAAGAAUCCCAGCGAUUCCAUCCCGACCUCUCCGAUCAACUCGGCCACCUUUGAAGCGGUCUGCUCGGAUACUCUGGAAUCGCUGUGCGAUUAUUUCGAGGAGAUGGUCGAGGAAACCACUUCGCUCAACCAGGCGGAUGUAACCUACAGUGAUGGUGUGCUGACUGUGAACUUUGGACAGCCGCACGGAACGUACGUUAUCAACCGACAGUCACCGAACCGACAGAUCUGGCUCAGUUCACCGACCAGCGGUCCAAAGCGCUACGAUUUCGUCCCGAACAAGGGUACGGUUAACAGCGACAGCGGGUACUGGCUUUAUCGGCACGACGGUGUCACGCUACACGAGCUGCUGCAGGCAGAAGUGAGCCGAAUCGCCGGCCGACAGCUGAACUUCCUUGCCUUGCCCCACGGCCGGCGAGCGAUGGACCAUGAGGACACUUGAGGACAAAGACUGGGCUCGGCCAAACGUUCUACAAUUGAAAAAAGAUAGAGAAUAGAUUUGUGCAUAGGACAGUGUUGAAACCACUGUGAGGCAACCGUUCGUUUUUCGUGUUCCGUUAUUGUUCCAUGAGAUACUUAAGCAACUGACAGCUGUUCGAACGUAAACAACAAAAGCUCAUCUCACGCACACAUGGAAGACGAAAGCUCCGCUCGACGCUCCGCCCUGCAGAGGGGGGCUAUUCAAUGGCAAAA